AGAAUAAAAACAUCGGGAAGGGGGAUGGUCUUCAGACAAAUUGCCAAUAGUUGGGAGUAUUUAAAGAUUCUUUAGUGGCAUUGACGGCUUUUUUUCAAGUCUGCAACUUCAAAAUAACGAAGUUCUCAAUAAUUCGGAUGUUUUAGUAUUUGCAGAGCUAAGACAGAUUCUUAUAAUGAAUAAGGUGGUCUUGAAGCCAGUGCCAGAGACUGACAGCCCUUUAACUACUGGGUUCAAACUACAGCAAAGAGUUCUGGUCGGAGACCUUGCUAUGUUUUAUCCCUUAAACAUUAUUAGUUGAGAUGGUCGGACCCGGUCUCGGCGCAGGCCCGUCACUUCGAACGGCGCUGGCGCGAACUCGCUCCUUCACCGACGGGACGGUUCCUCUCUCUUUUUUGUCGUUCUGGGAACUCAUGGAAAAAUCACUGCAGCAGAUCUAUGAAAAUGAGAUCCUGUGCCUCCAGGAAGAAAUUCAAAUGUUGGAGAAAAAGGCCGAAGAAACUCAUAUUAAUUCUCAAGGGUUUCUGAAAAACAUGUAUCUGCAAAAAGAAAAGAUCAGUGUGCAAAAUCCUGAAUCAUGGAAAUGCUCAAUGACUGAUCUGGAAGCACAGGUUGAACAGGCUAAAUCACAGGCUGCAUUACUAAUCCAGUUAACUGGCAUUGAAUUUAGCCAACACACUAUGAAAAUGGUCAGUGAAGGUAACAACCAAACAAAGCAGUAUAGAUUGUCAGGCUACAGUCAUUCACUGCAUUUUGAGCUUGAAUUUGAAUUAAUGGAUAUUCAGACUGAAGAAAAUGACAUGGCUAUUGUAACAGAUCUGAACAUUAUUUUAGAAUUAAGUGGUUUUUGUGAUUUGAGCAGAUUUAUAUCCAGAACUGAAGAAAAGAAGAGCCUCCUACAGUUUUUCAGAACCAUCUCAAUCUUUGCAAAAUGGUAUGAAUAUCGCCAAGCUACUUUUAGAAAUUUCAAGGACCACAAGGCACUAGACCUCAUCAAACCCUUGGCUAAAACAUGGACCAAAGAGCUAAAUUUCAGAGGCAAGGAGAAACACCCUGAAGUUAUAAAACUUCCAGAGGGAUCAAGUGGGGACUACAUGGUAUUGAAGUGUUCCAAGCUUCCUGGAAUUGAAUUCAAAAUUUUCUGGAAAAUACAUGUAAGCGAAGGAGGAGCCGUUACCCCAGUCUUGGAUCUCUUGACGAAAGUACCAGCAGAGGCACUCAACUUCGAUACAACGAAGGUCAUGGAUAGUGCCCCCAAAAGCUUUAGACAUCUCUUACACCUACAUGGAAUCGAGGCUGCUAUUGAGUGUUUAAUUGAACUGUGCGAAGAACCCUGAAAUAUGGGAUUAAUGCCAUACUGCUGUGCAUUAAAAGGAAAAUUCAUAGAGAAAAAUCCAUUCUACUCAUUUAUUAAGUGUACUAGUACAUCAGGACAUGCCACAACUACAAUUAAUUUCUCCUAUGGCACUGUCACAUAAAAAUAAAUAUGCAUUUAAAUAUAAAUUGCCAAAGAAUAUUUACAAAUACUGGGACAUUUCUAUUGCAUUUGUACAAGAUUUCUACAAGUCAUCUGUCACGUAGUAGUCCGAAAUUAAGGAAACUACAUUUGAAAGUUAAGUUUAUUCUUACAAUGGCAGUUCAAUUCACAGCUUUUAAUAAGUGCUGAGUAUAUAGUAACUCAAGUACAUAAUGAAAUAGUGGUUAGUACCAAUGACAAAAUACAUUAUCAGUUGUAAUUGACAUUUUUACAAGUAAAUCAGGACCAGAUCAAAUUAAAAUUCUCAAUGGGAUGUUUGCAAAUCAGUAACCUUUGAAUGUCUCACAAUAACACAAGGCACUAUAGUCAUAAACAAGUAGGAAAUUGCUUGUUAUAUCUUUUCAAAAGGCCAUAUCCACACUAUUCCAUAAGGUAGAAUACUGCAGUUGGAGAUUAUAUACAUGUAUUAUGAAGCAUAUCUUCUCACCCUCUUGUUGGUUCU